AUGGCCAGUGUGCUCCAGCUGAUUGUCACGACAUCUGCGCCACCAGUCAUGACACCCUUGCCGCCAGCCACGAUGCUUGCGCUGACUACCACAACACCCGAGCUGCCUGCCUUGAUGCCCGUGUUGCCAGUCGUGAUGUCUGAGCCACCAGCCACACCCUCACAAGUGCGCGAGAACUACCACCCCAACUGCAGGGCGGCUGUCACCAACCGCCAGAUCAACCUGGAGCUCUACGCCUCCUACGUGUACCUGUGCAUGGACUUCUAUUUUGACUGUCAGGAUGUGGCUUUGAAGCACUUGGGCCCCUUCUUCCUGCAGCACUCGAGGGUAGAGAGGGAUCAAGCCGAGAGGCUGAUGAGGCCACAGAACAAGUGCGGGGGCCACAUUCGCCUGCGUAACAUCAGGAAACCAGACUGCGACUGCUGGGAGAAUGGCUUGAAGUCCAUGAAAUGCGCCUUGUACCUGGAGAAGAGUGUGAACCAGAGCCUGCUAAAACUGCACCAGCUGGCCACCAGUAAGAAGGAGGCCCACCUGUGCGAUUUCCUGGAGCAUCACUACCUGGGGGAGGCGGUGACGUACAUCACAGAGUGGAGUGUUCAUAUCACCAACCAGCGCAAGCUGGGGUCCUCAGAAUCCAGCCUGGCAGAACACCUCCUUGACAAGCUCACCCUGGAUGACAGCGACAAGAAUUGCGCCUUGGACUGCCUUCCCUAUAGCCAUGGGUAA